CUCAUUUCGCUCUUGCUCUCUUGCUCUGCUUCGUCUCCAUCUUGCUUUUCGGGUUGAUGGCGUCGUCCCGUGGCUGGUCUCGGUCACUCCCCAUUCCAAUCUGAUGAUCUUCCUGUUUCGAGUCGGCAAGUUGGUCGGAAUCGAUCGUUGCCGGCGCUCGGCUGCUGUCCAUUUGCGAUUACAGAGACCCCUCCCGGCUGAAGUGUCGAAUUCUUCUGUUAACGUAGUUCGUCGUCGGUUGAUUUGCGGCAUUGGAGAGCUUCUAGGGUUUCGUGGCGUUCGCAGCUAGGGGGAUUGCUUGCUGUGAAGGUGGGCAUUAAGAGGAUGUGGCAUCUGGAGGAAGAAGUUUGAUGGUUAUGGGAGUUCCUUCCUUCGCUAGCUGGGAAUGAGAGCUUGCUGUAUUCACAGAAUCGCCGAGGUAGCGGUACCCUCGUGGCAUGCUGGUAGAUUGCGUUGGCUUAAUUUCAUUGUUACCUCUGCAGAGAGAACGGUUAUUAUCCAUGGAAGGCGGGCGAGGGCCAAUCUUCGCGCCCAUUAUUGCUGAGCCCGGCUCUUCUCAAUAUAGUGCACGGUUUAGUGCGGAGGGGUAUGGAAGCCGUGCUUCUAAUAUAUCUAGUGCGAAGAAGAGAGGUCAUGGAAGUCGCUCUUGGAUAAAGAUUGAUCAGGAAGGAAACUCUAAAGUUUUGGAGCUAGACAAAGCUACCAUAAUGAGACAUUGCUCUCUGCCAGCAAGAGAUCUACGGCUUUUAGAUCCUUUGUUCAUUUAUCCUUCUACAAUUUUAGGGAGAGGGAAAGCCAUUGUGGUCAGUCUUGAACAGAUAAGGUGUAUAAUCACAGCCGAUGAGGUUUUCCUGAUGAAUUCCUUGGAUGGAUGUGUUCUUCGGUACGAGUCAGAAUUGCGCAGGAGUCUGCAGACAAACAAAGAUCAAACUGAUGACCUACCUUUCGAAUUUAGGGCACUGGAGCUAGCUUUGGAACUCACAUGCACGUCGCUUGAUGCUCAGGUGAAGGACUUGGAGAUGGAAAUUUAUCCAGUUUUGGAUGAGUUAAUAACAUCUGUAAGUACUCUUAACCUAGAACAGGUCCGUAGAUUCAAGGGUCAUCUACUUGCUUUGACUCAGCGAGUUCAGAAGGUCCGAGAUGAGAUUGAACAUCUCAUGGAUGAUGAUGGCGACAUGGCCGAGAUGUAUCUCACUGAGAAGAAACAAAGUUCUGAGGCAUAUUCCAUAAGCGAUCAGUACAUCCAAACUGAUGAUUCAGGUGUGGCUAGGUUGGGUUCUAAAUCAGCACCUGUUUCACCUGUAGCGUCACUCAGUGGGGGACACAAACUGCAAAGGGCUUUUAGCAGCAUCAUAAGUUCAAGCAAGCAUGGAAGCUUUCUGAGUUCAUCUAGUGGUGGUGAAAACAUUGAUCAGCUGGAAAUGUUGCUUGAAGCAUACUUUGUCGUCAUUGACAACACUCUCAGCAAACUGUUAUCGCUUAAGGAGUAUAUCGAUGACACUGAAGAUAUGAUCAAUAUCAAACUGGGCAACAUUCAGAACCAUUUAAUACAAUUUGAGUUGCUGCUAACAGCGGCCACAUUUGUUGCUACGAUUUUUGCGGUUGUGGCGGGAAUCUUUGGGAUGAACUUUGCAGCUACAAUUUUUGACUAUCCAUCUGUUUUCAAUUGGGUUCUCCUCGUAACUGGUAUAUUUUGUGCUGGCUUAUACUUCUCUUUUUUGUUUUAUUUUAGGUAUAAGAAAGUUUUCCCCUUGUAAAGUUUCCAGCGAAGCUUGUUGCAAUGCGAAUGUAUUCUGAUUCUUAUUUUGAGCUGUGUAUCGAGGUAAGGCCUUAUUAUUGAAUGAUGACACAGGCUAGAAAGAAAAGAUGACUGUCCUAAUUCAUGGAUGAUCAAUUGUCAAUAAUAACGGGAAGAAGAAAUAUAUCACAAGUUAACCGUUGUUGAGUGAUAUCAAUUUCUCGAUAGAAUAGGUCCUCUGAUCCACAUAUGCCAUUGACAUUCGACUUUCAUUACAGAUAUUGUCACUACCCUAGUCUAGAGUUGAGCAAUAUGUGAGGACAUUUAUCUUCGUUUCACUUUGGGUAUUUGCACUAUCAAGAAAGUGCGAUUCUGGUUAUAUCCUCAAUACCCUACCUUGCAAGUACCGGAAGCUUGUUUAAGGAACUAUGUCUUACAUGUCUCUGCACUCAUCUAACUUGAUCCCCAGCUCCUUGGUGUCCAUUCCAUACUGGUUUUAUCAUUUUCAUGAAGCAGAGUAUCUGAAUAUCUUCCUUCGUCGGCCUUAUUUGUGCUUAAAUUAUCCCUCCAGUUGAUUUGGUCGUCUUCCUGAAGAGAAUGCGAUUCCAUCUCUUUAUGCUCAAUUCUGUAUCUACUUUCUGUUUGAUCUGCUCCAUCUAAUUCACUUAUCCCAAUAAUCUCUUCUCGGGCCUCCUUAUAUGCACCCAGAGAUGCCCCCACCAAAUCUGCAACCAAGGGUCUGUCUGUCUCGCAAGUUUCAUCGGGUAAGGUCGGGUUCUAUUGGUCAGAUGAUGUUGAUGCAAUAGCACCAAUUGAAUCUCUUUGACGGUUUUCAUUCUCGAGUAGUAGGAAUCGCAACUUCUUCUGGCUAGCUUCGAGGGCUGCCUCAAGUUCAGCAAUGCGUUCCUCAAGCCUUGACUCGAUUAAUUCAUGAAGACGAAAACUCAGCUCUUGAGGUGAUACUGCAUAAUUUGGUGAACAAGCUCGACCGUCUGAACUCUCACGGACAUCGUGGUCGGAUUUUGAUGUACCUUCUAGCUGGGAAUCGACUUCUUCUGGUCUUAGAUCUCCCUGAGCGAGUACAGAAUCGUAUGAACAAAUUAUCCCAAGUAAAUGUAAUUCAUCUAUAUCACAUGUCACAGGUUGAAAUUACUGGAUGAAAGUGAAGUUCCUGUGCUGAAACUACGAUCCCGCUCAAGGUGGCAGCCACAUGCAAGCCAGCCAUUUUUUCAUAUGCUCAUUUAAAUGUAAUCAGACCCCUGACUCUAUUGAUACUGGAUCUCGCCCGAAUAAUAAUGCGCAAGUAUCGGUCUAAACGAUCGAAAUUUCCUCUAGUCUUGAUCAAAUUGUUAUUGUGCCAAUGCUAAAAUAUUUAGAGGCGAUCAAGCGCAGCGAUGUUUGUUUUCA